UUUUAAUUUCUCAAAUAAAAGACUGAACUACACAAUGAUAAACACACUGACACUGGCACUGGAUAAGCAUCAUAAAUGACAUUUACUAUGAUUUAGAUCUAUCAUCAUGGAUUUAUCAUUAACAGUUCCUUUUUAACUACCGUCUUUAUUGCAUCAUUAUUAGUCAGUGUGUAAACUCAACUGUCAUUCAGUUAUAACUCAGUGACUCAGUCUGAGUACUCUGAGUCUCAUCAGACUCACAACUCACAGUCACAGUUCUCACUUCUGACACUGACACUACUUCUGACUUCUGAAACUUCUGUCACUGCCCAUUCAACACAGUGGCUUUAUAGAGAAAUUUAUAUGCUGAAUUUUUUUUUGAUGAAACUACUGUAAACAGAUUCAAUGCUCCCCAUCAGAUACUCAAUAGUCUCAGGCGGCAUCAUUUCUUUUCACCCAUUCUGGUACAAGUCUUCUAGUGGAGGAUUAAGCAUUCUCUUUUUCAUUCUCACUUUUGUAUCUGUGGCCUCAGCUCAAGCAUGCCCUCCAUCCUGUUUUUGUUUUGUUGGGGACGUGAUAUGCAGGAAGGGUCCCCUGAUGGAUAUAUUCACGCAAAUGAAAUCAGACACUGUAAACUUGACCUUGGAUAACAUCAAGGGAUUACAAAUUAUCAAUCCUUCUCGUAUGAAAGAGUUAUCGGUGGAUGGAAGUUUACUUGUUAAAAUAAGGAUAGUAUCCUGCUAUGUUCAGGAUGUAGAAGCUCAUACAUUUGAAAAGUUCCCCAAUUUGAAAGAACUUGAUCUGAGUAAUAAUGAAAUUACUAUCAUAAGAGCAGAUGCCUUCCUAGGCCUGAGUUAUCUCAUGUAUUUAAAUUUGUCACACAAUCGUCUGUCCAAUGUUGCAGGAAUAUUCAACUCAUUGUCUAAACUAAAAACUUUGGAUAUUAGUUGGAACUUCAUUAAGAAUUUGACUUCGGAAGCCUUUGUCCUACAGGAUAUACUAACUUCCUUGAAACUUGAUGGUAAUCCUCUAAAAACACUGCAUGGAUCAAGCUUUAGAAGUCUGUUUAACUUAAAGGAGUUACGAGCUAGAGAAUGCAGCCUGACUGACGUAGGUAAAGAUGUCUUUGCCUUCAUGCCUUCGCUUGUACUGAUUGACUUGGGUCUUAACAGACUAAAAGAGGCACCUCAUCCUGAAGUUUUCUCUAAGCACCGCUACUUGAGAACUCUGAUUCUUUACCACAACGUCAUUGAAGUUUUGUUUCCUGACAAUUUUGUCAGCCCUGGGCUGUACGCAGUUGACCUCUCAUCAAACAGGAUCAAUAAAAUUGAUCAUCUGGCCUUCAGAGGAUCUGGGAUCAGAAAAUUAGACCUUUCCCACAAUUCAAUUAUCUCUUUAGACCCUCCAGUUUUAAAAGAACUCUCCACUUCUGUUACACACUUGAAUUUAACUAGUAACCCACUGCGGAUUUUAUCGCCAGGACUCUUCAGCAACUUACAGUCCUUGGAGUAUCUAAAUAUUUCAAAAUGUUCUUUAGAAGAAUUUAGUGUUGAGGCUUUUGAAAGCCUGGGAAAGUUAGCUCAGUUAGAUAUAUCGCACAACGAGCUACAUUUUUUACCAGAGGGUGCUUUUAAGUUGUUUAAUAAAAUUUCUUCCAUUACUUUAGAACAAAAUUCUUGGGAAUGUGACUGUAAAAUUAAACCAUUAAGGGAUUGGUUAGUUAAUAAAGACAGGCCCACAAAUUUACAAUGCUUGAAUGGCGGUCUAAACGACACAGAAUGCUCUAGGUUGAUGUGCAUUCCAGCACAUGCAACUGAGAGCAAAGAAAUUUCCAUGCUGACAGAUUCCGAACUGUCUGAAUGUCACUCGGAGAGCUCUUCUAAUCUGGCAGCUGGAACACAGGGUGCCAUAGUAGCAUCUUGUAUGGGCUUUGCUAUUAUUCUGUUACUAUUUGCCAUUUUCUUAUGGAGGAAAGGUCAAACGGGUCAAAAACUCAAGAGAAUCUGUGUGCCGUCCGAAGCAGAGAGUUCACAUGUGAUAGAUGAAGAUUCCAAGAUUCCACCACUGGCCAACUGUGACAGAAACUCACUUACUCACUCUGACCACAACUUUGUGUUCCGGCAUUACUUUGACCAUCUGACUACAAAUAUGGAUGAAAUAGAGACUACUGAUGAGGAUGAGCUGGCUCAGGGAGAAGCUGACCCCUUAAAGCAAAAAGACAGUCUGUAUUCCUCAGAGCCAUCACUGUACAGCCAUCCAACUGAAGCUGCUUAUGGAAUGGAAUCUACUGUUUGAUAGAAUCACUUAUUAACAAUCAUUUUUUUGAUUCAUUUUUGGAAUGGAAUCUAUUGCACUUUUCUAAUGGAGUUGAAUGUGAUGAAUGAUUCACCUUGAUAAUGGAAGUCUUUAUAAUUCAUUGAGACAAGUGAAUCUACAUUAUGAUUCAGUUUUUUUGUCUACAUUAUUAACUACAGUAUACCACAUAUAUAUAUGUAAGCAUAGUUUAUCUUUCAACAAUUUGUAAUUUAAUCGUUUGACUCCUUCUCCCCAUCUGUCUUACAGAGUUUACUGGCAAAAUAUUGUAUAUUGAACAUGUCAUAUAUUUUUUCUUUGUUCCCUUUGUUUAAAAUGUAUACCUUGAGCAGUAUUUGAAUUACUGUGUUCUAGUUCUUUGGCCUGUUUCUGUAUGAAUGUAGCUUACUACGGGAAAUAGAUUGUAUUUGACUUUUUUUUCUUUCUGUGUCAUUUUUGUAAAAAUACUAUUUGACGAGUCACAUUAACCAAAGAAUGCCUUAGCUCUUGUUCCUCGUAAUUUGUUUUACACAUUUUUUUUAUAAUCAUAUAUAUUAUAUAAUAUAUUAAUAUGGAGUAUGGUAGCCAAGUGGUAAAUGGUUUGAUUUUCAAACCCAGGGGUCUUGAGGGAAGACUUGGAUUUAGACUUUAGGAUUUUAAGGAUGCUCCUGAGUCCACCCAACUCUAAUACCUGGGAUAAAUUAGACGUGGAAAGACAGCUGGUUGUUGUGCUGGCCUCUUGACACCCUCUGUUAGCCAUGGAAACAGAUGAGCUUUACACAGGUCACAAUGUCUUAAAGGGAUACCUUUUUAUAUAUAUAUCUAUAUAUUAAUAACUGCCACAUAGUAGAUUCAAAUAAAGUGUGUAUAAUAUAAACAUGUUAAAGUAAAAGUAGCUCUUAGGUAAAUAAAUGUAUUUAAGAACAAAUAUAUAUGUAUGUGAAAUUUGUGAUGUAGGCUACUUUUUCUGUAUUAAUUUUAUCUGAAAAUAUUUGUACAGAAGAGCUCUUCCACGUUUACUUGAAGCUCUGUGUAAUGAUACUUCUCACAAUUUCUGAAGCUUCUAAAUCUUUACCUUUUGUAAAAAUAUUGAGAUUGUUUUUUUUUACAACAGCUUUUCUUUUAUAGUUUUGCCAUGAUAAUUGUGAGUGCUUUGUAUUAUGUACCUUUUAUACAUAUCCCUUUAUUUUUCUGAUCACAGAAACAUGGCUUUUUUUUUUUUUUCUGUAUCAGAAACAGAUUUUUCCAAAUUAUACAAAACAAUAUAUUAUUUAUAUCUUGUAGUUUCUAAACAAAAAAUGCAUUCCUUUUUUUAUAUUUGUACAGUCUUUGAAUUAAUAUGGUCAGCUCCUUACAGAUGCCACAGACAGCAUUUUUUAAUGGUUAUAAAUGCUUGUGGGUUAAAUGACCGUGAAGGUGACUUUAUGCAUAAUCAUUUCCAUAGUUUUUCAUGGUUGCUAGAAUCGUAAUUUAGUUUCAAUGUUUUCUGUUAAUUUCUGCACAACCAUUGUAGCCAUUGAGAUUAUAUUAUUAUAUUAUAUAUGCCACCUGUAUGUGGCAGGGCAAGGUUAAUAAAGGCUAUAUGUGCCACUUAGUGGCUUCAUUAUAAGUCAUAUAAAUAUAUAUAUAUAUAUAUUGAAAUGGGUGAACAUCUUUGUAACAACUUAUAUCUAUUAAUUUAUCAUUUCCUUGUUUUGAUUUGUUGUAUUGAUGCGUUUCGAACCCUAACCUUUUCCAACAUUCCUCUUUGUUGAUCUAGCUCAAUUGUUAUAGUUUGCAAUCUGUUGUUUUUAUUUUCCCUGCCCCUACUUUUACAAAAGUCUUUUAUUGACAUUUGUCACACACUCCACAAAGUUUAUUUCUUCUUUUUCAAAAAAAAAAAAAAAACCCUGUAAAAAAAACCAUUUCAUGGAAUAAUGUUUGGUGUAUUCAGAACAAUUUGAACUGUGGGAAGCGUGGUUGAGAGGCCAAGUGCGCUUGAACUUUGCUUGGCUUGGCUACCUAGAAGGGGGCUCGAGGUUCGACCCCCGACUCGGGCAGCACGGGAAACCAACUCCUAGAUACCCCC